CCCCUCAGGUUCGCCGUGUCCCCCUCCCGCCUCGCCAUGGACCCCAACGCCAUCAAGGAGGAGCUGCGCCUCUUCCAGAGCACGCUGCUGCAGGACGGGCUCAAGGAGCUGCUCAACGAGAACCGCUUCGUGGACUGUACGCUCAAGGUGGGCGACCGCAGCUUCCCGUGCCACCGGCUGAUCAUGGCGGCGUGCAGCCCGUACUUCAGGGAGAUCUUCUUCACGGAGGAGGGGAAGGAGGCGGAGAACACCAAGGAGGUGGUGCUGGAGGAGGUGAACCCGGCCAUCCUGGACAUGAUCAUCCAGUAUUUAUACUCGGCGGAGAUCGACCUGACGGACGACAACGUGCAGGACAUCAUCGCCGUGGCCAACCGCUUCCAGAUCCCGUCCGUCUUCACCGUGUGCGUCAACUACCUGCAGAAGAAGCUGUCGGUGGGGAACGCCAUGGCCAUCUUCAGGAUGGGGCUGGUGCUCAGCUGCCCGCGGCUCGCCGUCGCCGCACGCAACUUCAUCGCCGACCGCUUCGAGCUGCUCUGUAAGGACGAGGAGUUCCUGAAGCUGGCGCCACACGAGAUGUUCGCCAUCAUCGGAGGAGACGCCGUCAACGUGGAGAAGGAGGAGGUGGUGUUCGAGGCGGUGAUGGCGUGGGUCCGCCACGACAAGGAGCGCGUCAAGGUCCUGAAAGACGCCUUUAACUGCGUGCGUUUCCGCCUGCUCCCUGAGAAGUUCUUCCAGGAGAAGGUGGAGUCUGAUGACAUCAUCAAGGCGGAGCCGGAGCUGCAGAAGACGCUGCAGGUGAUCCGAGACGCCUUCAAGGGGAAACUCCCCGAGACGCCGAGCGGCGGCGCCGGCGGCGAGGAGGGCGAGGGGGCGGAGUCAGCGGCCAGCGCGCUGCCCGGCUUCCUCAACAACGAGCUGAGACACGGCAUGUUCGCUCGCCACUUCAUCGUCAUGAUCAACGACACGGCGGCCGUCGCCUACGACGUCAACGAGAACGAGUGCUUCCUGGCCGCCAUGUCGGAGCAGGUCCCCAGAAACCACGUCAGCCUGGCGUCCCUCAGGAACCAGCUCUACGUCAUCGGGGGACUCUUCGUCGACGAGGACAACAAGGACGUCCCCCUGCAGUGCUACUUCUACCAGCUGGACCCUCUGACGUCGGAGUGGCUGGCCCUGCCCCCGAUGCCGUCUCCUCGCUGCCUCUUCAACAUCGGAGAGAGCGAGAACUUGUUGUUCGCCGUGGCGGGAAAAGAUCUGCAGAGCAACGAGUCUCUGGACAGCGUCAUGUGCUACGACAUCGAGAAGAUGAAGUGGAGCGAGAGCAAGAAGCUUCCUCUGAAGAUCCACGGCCACGCCGUCCUCUCCCACCGCGGCACCGUCUACUGCAUCGGAGGGAAGACAGACGACAAUAAAGCCCUGAACAAGGUGUUUGCGUACAACCACAAGCAGGCUGAGUGGAGGGAGCUGGCGGCCAUGAAGACCCCCAGAGCCAUGUUUGGAUCAGUGAUCCACAACGGGAAGAUGGUGGUGGCCGGAGGAGUCAACGAGGACGGACUCAUCAACUCCUGUGAAGCCUACGACUUCACCACCAACAAGUGGGAGGUGUUCACAGAGUUCCCUCAGGAGAGGAGCUCCGUCAACCUGCUGAGCGUCAGCGGUUCUCUGUUCGCUGUGGGAGGAUUCACCAUGGUGGAGAUGGAGAACAAGGAGGUGGCUCCCACCGAGGUCACCGACGUCUGGCAGUACGAGGAGGAUAAGAAGCAGUGGAGUGGGAUGCUGAGGGAGAUGCGUUACGCUGCCGGCUCCUCCUGCGUCUCCAUGCGUCUCAACGCCGCCAGGAUGCCCAAACUGUAGAAACAGCUGCUUUAGUUUCUCUCCUUACUCCCCCAACACCUCCUCCUCCUCCUCUUCCUCCUCUCCUCCUCCUCCUCCUCCUCCCCCAGCGAGCCUCUCAUCCUCCUCGCUCAGGUUUCUGUGUGUCGAGUUGAUCUUUGACAUUAAUUUUCCUCUGAUGAUUUUUAUCUGCUGCCUCUUCAAAGACUGCUCCGUCCCCAUAGUGUUCAAAAAAAGAAGAAGAAGAAGAAGAAGAAGAUGACUU